AUGGUUGAUGAGUCGACAACUGAUGACGCCGUGUGGCUUUGUGGUGUAGAGGAACUUCGGUCAAUGCUCUCCGUUGUUGAAGUUGACGUUGAUGGAAGGAUUUCAGAAGCAGUGGUCGUGGAAGCUGGAAUUGAAGAAGAGGUCGUAGUGGCGGUCGUAGAAGCCGGAAUUGUAGAAGCCGGACUUGUGGAGGCCGGAGUUGCAGAAACUGGCGUUGUUGAAAAUGUGGUUGUAGUUACUGAGGAUGAAGUUGGCAGAGUUGUAGAAUCUGCGGUAGUCGGUUCACUUCCAGGUUGCGGCGUGCAUUGUUUGUGCAAGCAAGCGUAA